AUGGCUGAAUCCGUCCUGAAGGCAGAUUUUACUGUGUUCGACGUCUACACCGGGUUCUGGAUCAACUGGAGCCAUGGCCAGGUCAAAGGAGCAACACUGACAGUGGACAAAGCGACGGGAGGGUUUCUCAUAGCGUUUCUUGCUCUGUAUGUGAGUGCUACGGGUCAGAGUCUGUGGAGGUUGGCAUGUUUCUUCAUACAUCGCAAGCUAUCUUCUCUGGAACGAGAAGAUGCUCUCUACCACCAGCGGCAGGCGAUUCUGCGGAACUCCGAGUCACCACACAACGGUGCCUUGACUAUCCUCUGUACAGCGUAUUGUUGGAGGAAUAUCGCCCGGAGGCCGUGGCUGCGCCUGGUUCCAUUAUUUGUACUUGCCCUGGUCCUAUCUGUAGCAAUCACACUUGCAGGUGUGUUCUCUUCGCAAGUCUCGACGCAGAACGAGUCAAGUGAGGUCCUCCUCAAGGGCUCUAGAUGCGGAGUGGUCACUAGCAAUGCAACGGGCGACACGCUGGCCUACGAGCUAUACCUCCAGGACCAUAUUGCCGCCUACCAGAAUUAUGCGCUCCAGUGCUACUCGAACGACCACGCCUCCAUGUCGGAGAAUUGCCGCUACUUCGUCAAGCCCAAGCUUCCAUACACUGUAGAUCGCAACGCAUCGUGUCCCUUCGCGGAACAACUAUGCAAGCUCAAAGACGGCAACAUUGUAAUGGACACUGGAUUUUUGGAUAGCCAUUACGACAUGGGCCUGAACGCUCCCCCAAAGCAUCGCUUUAAGAUAAGGAAUAGGGUCGCUUGUGCGCCGCUUGUCACGGAAGGUCGUAGCGAAUAUUUCCUCGAUGAGGAGAAUCCAGCUCUGUCGACUAUGAGGUACUUCUACGGGAAUGCGAGUAUCGAGGGGCUCUAUACCAGAGGGAACUCAUCCUUUACGUUCCAGGUGCCUGCCAAUUUCUCGACGGAUCGUAUGAAGGACUACACCCUCUUCCAGGGAUCCACUCCGGACUACUACGUCGGCACUCAGUUUUGGAAUCCUCAGAGUACAGGUGGCUUCUUCGACCCGCUUCCCGAGCUCUUUCAAGAUAAGGACGGAAGCCUUCCGGACCGGAAUCUGGAUCUAUUCUUCUUGAGCGCUCCGGGAGUGGUUUACCAAUACGAGGUCGACGAUCCAUGGUUUUCCGCACAUGUUCCUUCAAACUUUUCAUCCAUGUUCGAUACCGACUACAACGGUACCCCGCUGUUCACAAGGGACGAACCUGCAGGUGUGAUAGCUUGCACGUCGCAAGUUCAAUACUGCAACCCCAAUCUGUCAGGCGAUGGUGGCUGUGAGAAUUUGACUUCGUAUGAAACGAGUUAUUACAACGGCUCGCAAACCUUGUUUCCGGAUACUGACCGCCUAUCUAUGGGCUGGGCAAAGAAUAUCUCGAUAGGGUCAAUUGGGAUAAACCUCGGGCUUCCGUAUCAGACCGCCGGCAGCGCGGUGCUGCAAGCACGAGCAGGUUUGCGGGUUGGCAUGCAAAACGAUGCACUGCCCGCGAACCAGUGGCAACUUGAGAUGGAACACCUUUACAGAACGUCCAUUGCAUCGUACCAAUUCGUCUUCGCAGAAACGGCGAAUGGACCGUUGACGGAUGCCAUCUCAGAGUUUGUCAUACCGCCAGUCGACAAGCCUUCGCUAUCCAUGUGCAGAAACCAGAAAAUCAUCAGCUCCCGCUACUACUCCUUCAACGUCCUCGGCAUGGUCGCCAUCCUCGCCAUCGGCACCGCAAUCAUCUUGCUAGACUACACAAUCGAACACAUUGUCAACUUCAUCGACAAGCGCUGGCGCAAGUUCAACCACGAGAGCACCUACGCCCGCCUCGAAUGGGCAGCCAAUUCGACACUCCAGCUCCAGCGACUCGCGCACGAGGAGCUCGGUCUAGGGACGUGGCGACAUUGCGCCGAUGCGAUCCCUGUGACGGAACCGGGAGAGAAGCUCGGGUUGCUGGAUGUCACGGACGAAGAGCAUCCGAUAUUGAUACGGCCGGGGAGGUGGAGACCGGGAGCUGCGAUGCGGUCGGCGACGGGCGAUUCACGGAGAGGACUGAUCAGGGAGGAUUCGGAGUUUACGCUCACGGAGGUGUCGAGGAGCUCGACUAUGGAUAAGAAGUGGUCACCGGUGGUGAAGACGCAUCCCGCGUCGCCGCUGAGGGAUUGGUAG